AUGUCAACAUCACCAUCAUCCGUUGCUGCAGCAACUGCUUAUGCUCUUCAUCAUCAUCAUAUUCAUACUCAUCAUCAUAUCCAUCCAUUUCAUCAUCAACAUCAACUUGAUUCAGCAUCAUCACCAACACCAAAUACAUUUUUUUAUCCGACAUCAUCGGAAUCAUCAAAUGAUUUAAUUUUACAACAAACUGAUAUUAAACCAAAUAAUAAUAAUAAUACAUAUUCAUUUCCAACAGGUAACAGUACAACAAGUCCAACACAUUUAACUGAAAGAAAAAGUGUUUCACCAUCACCAACAAGUCCAAUAAAUGGUACAGCUUGGCCAGUUAUUAUGCAGCAUCAUCCACAUAAACAACAUUCAUUAUCCAUUGAAGAUUAUUGGGCAUCAAAUCCUUCAAAUUAUUAUCAAUCAACAAAUUAUCAUCAUCAACCUUAUUUAACUAAUCAUCAAUUUAUUCCAACAUAUGGUUCAUCAUCAACUGAUCCUGAACAUCAUUUUCAAAUACCACUACCACCACCACCAACAUCAUCAUCACUUGAUGAUAAUGAUUUAAAUUUACUUCAAAUAAAUCAUAAUAAUAAUAAUGAUGAUGAUGAACAUCAAAUACAUAUUGAUAAUAAUGAUUUAAAUCGUUUUUCUAAACAAUUUAAACAACGACGUAUUAAACUUGGUUAUACACAAGCUGAUGUUGGUCUUGCACUUGGAAAUCUUUAUGGCAAUGUUUUUAGUCAAACAACAAUAUGUCGUUUUGAAGCAUUACAAUUAAGUUUUAAAAAUAUGUGUAAAUUACGUCCAUUAUUAGCUAAAUGGUUAGAAGAUUCUGAAUCUCAAACCGGUACAUCAAAUUCAAUGGAAAAAAUUGCAGCUAGUGGUCGUAAACGUAAAAAACGUACAUCUAUUGAAGUUAGUAUAAAACAAGCUUUGGAAAUACAUUUUGCUCGUAAUCCAAAGCCAGCUGCACAAGAUAUUGCACAUUUAGCUGAUCAAUUACAACUUGAAAAAGAAGUUGUACGAGUAUGGUUUUGUAAUCGAAGACAAAAAGAGAAACGUGUUACGCCACCAUUAGGAAAUGGUACAGCAUCAGCAUCAACUAAUCAUCAUCCAACGAAAAGUCCAAGUCCAUCAUCAACACCAACAGGAGACUAUUAUGAAUAUCAUUAUCCAACACAUUUGUAA